AUGUCUGACUCGGGGUCUGAUUCUGGGUCGUCAUCGGACGAUUUGGUCCCGUCUCGACGUCCGUCUGUGCAGGAGCAAGAUAAGUACCAAGACAAACAAAUUAACGAUGCUAAGGACACAAAAGAACAGAAGGAAGAGAGUGGAGCAAAUGUUGGGGAAGCAGUCUCGGAUUCAAAUCUGAUCACAUCAGCAGGAGCUGAGAUAAAAGAUGAGGCUCUGAGUCUUGUAUGGCAAGAGUUACCGUCAGACAGUGAUACAGGUGACCAGGCUGCUGAAGCUCGACUUAUAGAUUUCAUUGUUAUACCCGGAGUCUAUGGCAAUUGGACUGACAAAGAUUUUGGGCCAAGCCCUGGAUCAGGAAGCUCAGCUUGGGUCACCAAAUUCGCCGAGGAAGGCUGGGAGAAGCCCAAGAACCCUCAAAGCAGUUGCCGGGUGUUUCGCUUCGAGUACAAUCCUUCCGAAAUUUUCUCUGGUCAUAGAUCUCGAGAGGCUAUCCAUCGGGUUGCAUUGAGAUUGCUCAAUGGGUUACGAUUAAAGCGUUCUGGCGAUGGCAAGGCUCUUGUCACAGCUUCUCUUGACAGGAGCUCAUGGCAAGACAUAUCAGAGAUGACAAGAGUCUUAGUCUUCAAUGGCUGUCCACACCGCCAGAGAGACACGGCGGACCUGGAAACGAGACUGGCGAGCUUUCUCUAUGAAAACUACUCCCAGGACUCCGGAAAGCCACGACCUUCAGCAGCCUCAAUAUCAGGACUUAACAGAGCCAUCAUCCAAGUGAAUGGCCUCUUUAUAACCUCUCAUAUCGCGCUGCGAAGCUGGAUCAUAAAUCUACACUCUCAUGGAGAGAAUAGCAAGGGGGGUUUUGACGCUUACUGUGCAACCUUGGGUAUACCAUUGGAGAGAACAUUGACAGUACCAACUGGGACGGACUAUUCUCCUCUUACUCAGUACCUUGCCAAGAUAGAGCCAGAUGUUCGGGAGCCGAAAGAGUCCAUCGGAGCACGACAGUAUGCUCAAGAGAGAAAGCUUCUUGCUCUGGCUUCACCAAUCUAUCCACUUCGAAACAAGGUUGAACCCAAUCCCUUGGCUGAUCUACCAGACUAUCAAUCCUGGCUGAACAGUCCUUGUCCUCAAAUCCUUUAUCUCCAUGGCAGUCAUCGCGUCAGAGAUGUGGCUGAGAGUGUAUUCUACGCCCUCGAAGACGAGGCCACAAAGGUGAAACGACGAGCAAAUGUUCUAUACUUCUCUUUCGACAGAUUCGAUGUGCGUGCUGACAGUAUUCGGGACAUGAUCGCCACCUUCUUGGCCCAGAUUUGCAACCAUCACCCGAAGCUUGGACCUGCUAUCAAUCGGCUCUGCAUUCAGAUCGAGAACGAGCGUGGAUGGACUGAGACAGACCUGAUCCAAUUCUUCGAGAUGUUCAGAAUCUCAGCAGAAGUCGAGCAGACGAUGAUUGUUAUUAAUCACUUCGACGAGUGCACAAAGGGCUCACGCAAAAGGUUUCUGGACCACAUUGCUGACAAGUAUUACAAUGAUGAGACUCCUUGGAAAAUUGUUGUGACCAGUCAUGAGCCAGGUGCCUUGACAGAAGAGCUUUCAGGCCCGUUUUGUGUCCCUGUUGAUAUAUCGUCCGAGGAGUUGGGAGAGCUCGCUAUGAACAGUUUCGAAGGCGACAUUCAAGCAAUGAUAAGCCCAAGGGGGGAUCUAAACUUCAGAGAAGAGCAGAUUCGCACCGAGCUGCGCUUCACUGAAAAGCUGGACCCUCCAGUGCGCCAUAUCCUGUUUGAGCAGCUGAGAGUUCGUGACGAGUGGCCCGACGAGAUAUCGACUGAUGCGAUUUUUGGGUCGUUGAAUUUUACUCAACAAGGAGAUGAAAAUGACAAGAUUAUGGUAUCUGUGUUGCAUGCUGUGCUCAAGCGAUACACUGACCAGGACUCGCUUGAGCGUCUCCUCUCCUGGCUCCUAUAUGCUGUCAGACCACUCACAAUCUGGGAAUUUGCCACUAUCAUUUCGUUCUCAGAUGAGCGGGAACACAGAAAAGUCUCUCCAAGUUUUAUGGCAGUGGAAAGGCUUGUUGAAAAGGUUGAGAAGGAUUUUGCAGGCAUUCUUGAGGUGGAUCACAACGAGGUCAGAUUCAAGCACCCGUGCUUCCACGACAUCAUGGUCAACGGCGACCCUUCAACCCAAAAUGCAGAAGAGAAGGCUUAUCCGUGGAACAAGAUUAAAGCCAAAGCUCAUAAUCUCAUUCAAGGCAUGUGUCUGGACUACUUGUCUAGAGAUUCUGUUCAAGAGUAUGUCAGACAGACCUUUGCAGUCACAGACUCAACAACCUUCGAGACAGCGCCUUUCCCAGACCGUACAAACCUCGCUUCAUAUGCUAUUCAAGCAUGGGCACAUCACUAUUCUCUCAGCUACCCUCUUCCAAAUAUAUCUGCUUUGUCAUCGAAGAAGGAUCUGGUUCAGACCCUAGCAAAGGCUCAGUGGUGCUUGGCGAAUCCUGCCACCAGACGCUCUCCUUGUUUCCAGUCACUGUUCCCAAUCUUUGCUGGACUUGGCCUACUCAACGUGGUGGAGCCCUUGGGUAGUGAUGAUGCCUUGCGGGGUCUCAUCGAAGCUGCUGGCAAAGGACAGAAACAAGUUGUUGAAGAUCUCCUCGGUGAAUACGACUUUACGCCUGAUGAAACAUGGGAAGUUCUCAAGGCGGCGAGUUCCGCUGGUCAUGAAGAGUUGAUGAAUACCUUGCUCGACAAGAUAGAGGCCAAGGGGAAGAUACCCACAGAUUUUGAGUGGCCGCCAGUUCUGAUCUAUCGGGCUGCUAAUCUGGGUCUGGAGGGUUUUGCAGAAAGGAUUCUCACUCUCGGAUGCCCCCCAGACCCAGAUGUUGAAUGGAGGAACGAGACAUCCAUGCAGGCGUCUCCUUUGUAUCAAGCCGCCUGUCAUGGAUAUACAAAUUCAGUCCGAGUUCUGUUGAAGCAUGGCGCCAGCACAGAUUACAAAAGCUUUUCUGGAAGAAACCCGCUUCAUAAGGCUGCCCUUGAAGGUCACACCGAGACUGUCAAAGCCCUUUUGGAGGAGUCACAAGUCAACAUCGACUGUACUUCAGAGUCAAGCUUCACUCCUUUGUAUCUCGCAGUUCUUGGGGGGAACCACGACACAGUGAAGCUGCUGUUGGAGAAAGGUGCAGACCCGAAUAUGGGCAUCCCAGAUACGUACACCGGUGAUGAUCAGUGGACUCCUUUGCUUGCGGCGACUGAUGAUGGCUUCAAGAAGUGCAUCAGACUUCUCUUAGAUAAUGGGGCUAAUCCAAAUCUGCCAGGACCAUCUGGUCCUCCAUUGCAUUGGGCAGUCAUUCGUGGUAGAGUCGAUGUUCUGGACAUGCUCCUUGAGGCCGAUGCUAAUCCCGGGAGUGAGCUUCUCAAGAAACCUCUUCUAUUCUCGGCCGUGGGCGAUGAACUUGAAGGAGCUGGUCUACCUAUGCUUGAAAGACUGUUAGAGCUCAACUUGGAUGUGAACGGUAAGGACAGUGAUGGCGUUACGGCAUUAUUGGCAGCCCUGUUAUCAUACCCGCGGCAAGACUUUGAAGCCACCUCUUUAGGCCCUACGGAAGCCUUGAGAGAUGCCGUUAUCAAAAUGCUUCUGGAACAUGGAGCUGAUCCCAAUGAUCGACCAUCCAGUAUUUACUCGCCACUGAUGCGCUCCGUUUCAGCCAAACAGUACAGAGCAACUGAGAUGCUACUAGAAGCAGGCGCAAAUCCGAACAAAGAAGUACUAGAACGGCUUUCACCUCUUAUUACUGCCAUCUAUGUACCAGAACUUGCACGCCUCCUGCUUCAGCAUGGCGCACGUCCAGAAAUAGGCUCCAAAGAGGGAUGGACUAACUUAACAUAUGCUGCAUGCAAGGGAUACAAAGAAACCGCCGAGGUGCUUCUCGAAUACGGUGCAUCGGUUGAUACUCCAUUUGGCGCUCCUAUAGAGUACCCUGCGCGCAUUGGAUCCUUUACGGAGCUAUGUGCGAAAUCCGAAUUCACUGGAAUGACCGCGAUUAUGUUUGCGGCAUGGCAAGGACAUCACGAGAUUGUUCGCCUUCUAGCCGAAGCAGGAGCCGACCUGCAGCACACAGGGGGCAUUUUUGAAGAUUCACCUCCUAUGGUAUUCAGCUCAGGCAAGACGCUAUCAGCGCUUCUCGAAUUCCCCACGAGGAUAGAUUUGAACGUUACCGACCCCCUGAAGAAGUCUGCCCUUCACAGGCGACGUACUACUAUUGACGAUAUGCGACGGCUUAUUAACGCUGGGGCGGACAUUGAGCUGACAGAAUCUACUGGGAGCACCCCCCUAGUAUUAUUCGCCGGCUCUGAUUUGGAAAAGGUCAAGUUGUUGGUCAAAAGAGGGGCGAAUGUCAACCAUAUCUCCCCGUGGGAGGGGUCGCCUCUGCACCAAGCUUGCAAAGCGGGAUCCUUUGACUCGAUCAAGUUUCUCGUUGAGAAUGACGCAGACCUCACUUCAGUGCAUCGGUACGACGGUAUACCAUUGCAAUCAUUAUGCGCCCCCGAAGAAGCGAUUGAUCCACAGCAGCAUGAAGAAAUGGUACGCUAUCUUUUAUCAGAAUACAAGAAGCAAAGCGUGAAAAUCACGACAGAAAGUGGCAUCUUUGGCUACCUCGUCAACUCAGCAGCUUUCGGGAGCUCACCAGCCAUCCUCAAUUUCAUUCUCGAGCAAGAAGAUAUCACUGUUGAUGUCAAGGACGACAUGGGUCGCAUGCCAGUUCAUCUUUCAGCUUUCAGCGGAUUACCUAGCUUCAAUGCUAUCUUAGAGAGAGGCGGUGAUGUGAACGCGAAGGACAAACAGGGACGUACGGCACUGCACUGGGCUGCCCAAGCAGGUAAAUUGCAAGUUGUGAAGAGUAUUAUUUCUCUUAUGGAUGGCAACCCGGAUAUUGACAUCCCAGAUAUUGACGGUUGGACACCUCUUUGCUGGGCUCUUCGUGGUGACCUACCAUUGACCCAGAGGGAAAGUGUGAGACAGCCUUCACUACGUCUUGAUGUUGUGAAGCUUCUUAUUGAGAAAGGGGCCAAGACAGCUGUGGUUGUGAGCUAUAAAGAGGAAAACUGGACCCCACUGAGUAUUGCUCGAUAUCACAGCAGUGAUCCAGAAAUCAUAUCUCUUCUGGAAAAUGGCAUUGGAACAACAGACGAAGGGGGAAUGGAGAACACUGACAAAGAUGACACAAAAAGCAGAGCUCAGACACCAGUCAAGAAAGGAGUUAAAGAAGAUUCUGCUUUCUGCGAUUAUUGUUUAUCACAAAUGUACGGGUUGUUUUGGGGCUGCGAGACUUGCGAAUGGUUCUGCCUUUGUUUCAAGUGUUAUCAGCACGCUGAAAUGCUGCAUCCGGCGCAUAAUAGCUUUGAACAAAAGGGCGAAGAGGAGUUUGAAGAGGGUGAAGCUGAGGCUUCUACAACAUCCAACUCUGGGUCUUCGGAUUCGCAGUCGAAUUCUGGGUCAGACUCUGGAGGAUCCGAAGACCAGAACGGAGACGAUAAUUGA